UUCUCUAAAGUUUGACAUGAAAAGCGCUUUGUGAACAAAAGUUUAAAAUUUUAAUUUUCGUUCUUUUUAUGGAGUACGUCGAAGUUCGAGUAAUCAAUUUUCAAAUUGAAUGGGAAAAAGCAAAGAUAUUUGUGAAGCGAGCCUCCGAAGAAAACAUUUGUUGACAUCAAUUAAAGUCGCUUGAUGAUCUGCAACCAAACGUCAACUUAUUUCAAAAAACAAAGACUAAAUGCAAUUUAAAAAAAGAUCAGACGAAAUAUGAAAGAAGUCAAUUUUGAGAAUCAUCGGGACAAACAACCAAAAAAUAAGGUAAAGCCACACAAAUGUACAGUUUGUGUCAAAUCUUUUGUUCAUGCGUAUACACUGAAAGAACAUCUGAAGCUUCAUACUGGUGAGAAUGUAUACAGAUGUGAUAUUUGUCGCAAAGAGUUCUGUCAGCUAGCUAACUUGAGACGUCAUCAAAGGAUACACACUGGAGAGAAACCUUUUAGCUGCGAACUAUGCGACAAACAAUUUACAGACCGAUCGUCCCUGACCUGGCACGUUAUGACUCAUUCGAACACAAAACCGUUUAAAUGCCAACGUUGUUCAAGAUCUUUUUAUUUGCAAAGCCAUCUCGAUCGACACAGGUCCAUACACGAAUUGGAGAAGAAAUUCAAAUGUAAUGUAUGCGGGAAGAAAUUGCGACGAGCGGAUAGUUUAAGAUGCCAUAUGGAAACACACAGCGUAGUAAAACCUUUUAAGUGCAUACAAUGCAAUCGGAGUUAUAGCACGAAAGCGGCUUUGAAUAAACAUCUGAAAAAUCAUGAAGAACCAAAUAAAGAACUAGAUAAACCUUUUAAAAAAAGCGAACAACAAAAGGGGAGCUUAAGUACAGAUUCAAUUACGCUAAUUGAACGAAUACCACAUACAAACGAAGUGAUGGAAAAAACAAAACCUUUCUCAUACAACGAGAAAACUGAAGCACAAAUGUAUUUAAACACAGCGGAAAAAAAUCAUGUGAUUUGCACACAGAGAAAAACUUCUCUGUGUGCAAAUCGUGUAUCUGAAAUUCAUUCUGUAGAAAAGAACAUGAAUAGAAGUACGUCAGUGGAGUUCAAUUCACGUCAUACGUACAUACGCAAGCUGGUGAAACUAGGACCUGCCCCUAGUCGUCGUGCAGAAGACAUACGUUUUACUAUAGACGAGUAUCUUCCUAUUUUAACUGAUAUCCAAAAAAUGUGCAAUAUUUGCAAAAGAAUUUUAACAAACGAGCACGAUCGUGUAUAUCACACUUGUAUAUAAAAUCACUUGUACAUAAACUCUUAUUGAAAGAUAGACGUACGCAUAAAAAUAUUUAAGAAUAACAUUAAUCAUUCUUUUUUUCUUUA